AUGAACGAAGACACGAGCACAGACACACUUAACAGUUCUAACGAAAUGGAUAGGAUAGAUCUAGAAGGGUCUAAUGACAUACUUGAAGAAGACUUGUUCCAGGAUGAUUUUAUGCGUGAUUACGAAUAUAACCCAUUAUUGGACAAAUAUGAGACAGAAGACGAGGAAUACGCUCCUCCUCUAAGCAGGCAGGAAAUAGAGUCAGCAGAACGGGAAAUUUCACAGGCACUUGGAAUAGAAGUAGACUCACAGGAAUAUCAAAUCUCAGAAGAAGAGACCGAACCAGAAGAGACCUCUGGUGAUUUUUAUAAAAAUGUGUUCCUUCUUGAAAAACACCUUUCCUCAAAGGACUUUUUGGAAGGAAUAAAAAGAGACGCAAUAAAAUUCAUAAAGUCAGGGAAGGGGAGAUACAUGGAGGCAAUUAAUCAAAUGGCAUCUUACAACAAGGAAUCAAUUUAUGUGGAUUAUUUUGACUUGGAAAGAAAUAACCCGAAAAUUGCACGGGCUGCGACUUCAUUCCCUGGGAAAAUUCUUCCAAUUUUAAAUGAAGCCUUACAGUCCGUUGUAAGAGAGAUAUUCCCAAAGUAUUCCUUCAUUAAAGAUACGCUUAUUUUUAGGCUAAUAAAUAUCCCAGCAAAAGAUACCAUAAGAGGCCUAAGAAAUGAGAAUCUCAAUGGACUAGUGAACGUAUCUGGGAUAGUCACAAAGAGAAGCAGGAUUCACCCAGUUGCAUCCCUAGUGAAAUACACCUGCCAGAAGUGUAAGGCAAUUAAUGGACCAUUUUUAAUCGAGUCAGAGGCACAAAAACCAAGCAGAUGCAAUGAGUGCCAGACUUCCAGUAAAUUAGUCAUAAACCAAGCAGAAACCUUAUAUAAAGACUACCAGAAGAUAACCAUACAGGAAGUACCCGGGAGUAUACCACCAGGUAGACUGCCCAGGUCUAAGGAGGUCAUAUUACAAUAUGACUUAAUAGAUUCUGUCAGGCCAGGUGAUGAAAUAGAACUAACAGGCACUUAUAAGAAUACAUUUACAACAGGCACCAAGGGAACACCUUCCUUCUAUACGUGCAUUGAAGGAUUAAGUAUAAUUAAAAAAGAAGAUGAAAGUUCCCUUAUAAAUAUAUCACCAGAAGAUGAGAAAGAGAUAAAGAGACUAUCUAAGGUGCAUAAUAUAAUGGAUAUACUGAUUAGGAGUAUGGCACCCAGUAUACAUGGUAAUUAUCUUGCAAAAAGAGCAAUAAUUCUUGCCGUAUUUGGGGGUGUCCCAAAGCACUCACAGAAUAACCAUAAGGUAAGGGGAGAUAUAAAUGUACUUCUACUGGGUGACCCUGGGAUGGCAAAGUCACAGUUACUGAAAUAUGUCCAAAAUAUAUCUCAUAGAAGUGUAUUUUCAACGGGACAAGGGGCAUCUGCUGUGGGUUUGACAGCGAUGGUCAAGAAGGAUGCAGUUACACGGGAGUGGACCCUGGAGGGAGGUGCCUUGGUGCUGGCUGAUAAAGGGAUAUGCUUAAUCGAUGAGUUUGAUAAGAUGAAGGAUACAGACCGAGUUAGCAUACAUGAAGCCAUGGAGCAACAAAGCAUAAGUAUAUCUAAGGCAGGUAUUGUUACUAGUCUGCAGGCACGGUGUGCGAUUAUUGCUGCAGCCAAUCCUAUUAGGGGGAAAUAUAAUUCUUCAUUUACUUUUCAGCAAAAUGUAAACCUUUCAGAUCCAAUUAUCUCCAGAUUUGAUGUGAUAUGUGUUUUGCAAGAUAUUUUAGAUAGGGAAAAAGAUAAAAAGUUAGCAGAAUUCAUCGUCACCAGUCACAGGGUUUCUGGAGGGUCUGGAGUUAUGGGUGUGUCCGGGGGACAUAGUGGAAGCCAUAAAGAACAAAGCGAGAGUGCGAGAGAUGGUAUUUUGAGUGGAAAUCAGGAUAAGCAGGUUGAAGGUAGUGAGAUCUUGGGUGGCACAGGAAGUAGUUCGGGUAUAUUGGUUCCGCAGGAUAUUUUACGUAAAUAUAUUGCAUAUGCCCGGGAGAGAGUCCAUCCCAGGAUAGAAGCAUUUGACACAGAAAGAAUUUCUUCUUUAUACGCAGCCCUUAGGAAGGAAAGUUCCAUUGCCAGGGGAAUACCCAUUACAGUGCGACAUGUGGAGUCUAUGAUCAGAAUUGCAGAAGCAUCUGCAAAGAUGCACUUAAGAGAGGUCGUGAAUUCCUUUGAUGUUGACGUGGCAGUUGAAGUAGUUUUGGAUAGUUUCUGCAGCACACAAAAAGUGUCAGUUAAAAGGCAGUUAUUGGUUAAGUUCCGGAAAUAUCUGCCAAACAAGGAGGAUAUAGUGAUUUCUGGAAUGAACUUGAUUAAUUCCUUGUUGGUCCGUGAUGAAAACACUUCAAACAAUAACGGAAUGGUGAAAAUGAAAGAAUUUAAGGUGAAAGCAAGUGACUUAGGGAUAUCUUACAAGAAUAUAAUGAAUUCAGCAGAGUUCAGAGAAGCAUUCAAAGUAUCUUCAUGCGGUGCGUAUAUUAUAAGGAAAUAA